AAAAUUGACUUUUCUUUCCAUCACAUCAGGCAGUCAGUUCGGUCAAGAGUUUUGAAGAUUUAUUGUAGAGUACUUGCGUGCAGUCACACUUGGAUUGUAUUAAGUACUGCGUUAAUAUUUUCAAGUUGCAUACCAAAGAGUACCUCAUAACAAUACGUAACUAUCUGGCUGUGUAUCCUUGAUCAACCACUCUGACCGUUCCGAUUUGUCAUCCAAAUAACUAAAUAUCAGUUUUAUAUUCAGCUAAAACGAUCAAAACGCAAAUUUGUGAGUAUUAUAACUGAAUCUUAUUUGAUAACCAUGCUGCUUAUUCGUAUGAGGCCGUGUAUACUUCACUCUGUUGCUUAUAUUUUACUCGUGGAAAUCAUGAGUGGACCGAUAACUCAGUGGUUCAAGCGUUCGAAUUUCAGCCACUAACUCACGGGUUUGUGAACUGCUCCACUUUCUGUCUAGACCGCCAGGUAGUGUCACAAACUCUCACACUUAUGUGACCCAAAACCAAUAAUAUGAAUCUGUAUCUGAUGAACUAGUUAAUAAUAAAAAUAGAAAGAUAGUUAUUAGUACAUUUUAUAAUUCCUAUAAUUUUUUAGCCUCAUUCGUUGGCUUGAGUAUAGCAAAAGAAAUACUUGUGAAUUAUGUAAUCAUCGGUUUGCUUUCACUCGAAUUUAUGCAUCUGACACUCCACGAUUUCUGCCGCUCACCGUGUUGGCUGUGGGACUGGCCAACAGCUUGCGUCGAUUUGUACUAAACUGGAUUCACUUGUCGAUUGUCUUCACUGCAUGGUUGGUUGUAGUUCCUUUAUCUGCCUGUCGCAUGUACCGUUGUCUUUUUACUGGUAGCGUUUUCUCACUCCUCACACUUCCAUUAGACAUGGUUUCCACAAAACACUUAUUACAAGAUUGUUUUCAGGGUUUCAUUAUUGUAAUCCUUGCAUUGGCCGCAUUUUUGGGUUAUGUUUCAUUGCGAGAACAACUUCUCCAAGGAACACCAGCAUGGUUGGAACGUGAUGCUCAUGCAGAAGCUCGUGGUGCUGAUCCUCCCCAUCCUCCUCGUCCUGCCGCUGGGGUCAAUGGUAGGCGACCUCUAUUUCCGGAUAUUUUCAAUAUUUUUGGUGUUGCAAAUGGUGGUGGUUUAGGUGCUGCAGUUUUCGGUGAAGGCAACGAAGAUCCUGUUGAACCUGAAAUAUUUAACAAUGAUGAACAGCAUCAUCAGACUGUUCAACAAGAAUUAGUGAAUUCUGAACAUAUCACGUGUUCCUCUCUAAAUCAACAACAACCGGUGAUUAACAGUGGUAUCUCAGAACCAUUAGAGCCUUCACAUGAAUCGACAGAUACUAUAAAUCGCGGAUCAUCAUCUAAUCCACAACAAUUGGCUUGGUAUAUGGAAAAUACAGGAGUUAAUUUAGAGGGGGAUAUUCCUGACGAAGAUGGUAGAGCCAAUAACGAUCUAGGAGAUGCAGAUGGUGCACCAGAAGCUAUGAAUUGGAAACAUUUACUGGGUCUAGAUGGAUCUUUAAAUUUUCUGGAACACGUUUUGUGGCUUAUUGCUUUAAAUACUUUGUUUAUUGUCAUAUUUGCCUUUUGUCCAUAUCAUAUGGGUCAGUUUACUGUGUUGGGAUUCAAUUUAGAGCGUUUUAUUAAUGCAACUCACAUGGAAGGGUUUAGUACAAGUUUAAUUGGUUACAUUAUUUUCGCUUUUGCUUUGAUUCUUAUGCAUGAAGUAUUCUCUAUUCUCAAUAUGCCUCGAGCUUGUUAUUGGACUGGUCUUGGUUAUAUAUACAUCAAAGUUGCUUUGGUUUCUUUAAUGGAAUUGGGUAUUUUCCCCAUUUUGUCUGGAUUUUGGAUAGAUGCUUGUACUUUGUCCCUUUUCAAUGCGACGUUAACUCAACGAGCUAGUGUAUUUCAUUAUGCACCAGUUGCUUUACCUUUAUUCAUUGGGCAAUCGGAAUGUUGUACAUAUUUUAUAUGGCGUCUUUGCUUGUACUGGGUCGAAGUGUACUACCCUGUUCAAGAUAUGAUACUUCAACCAUUACCACUAUACAUACAACGUUUAAUUGCUACUUAUUCAGUUUGGGGUAUAUUAAUUGUACUUAUGCUAUGGCUACCUACAGAAGUUAUUCGGCAUUUCUUUCCUAAAUUCUUGCCAUUUCGUAUUAAUGCAGCUUAUGACAGUCCAUUGGAUUAUUCAUUGGAAAUGAUACUAUUACAAGUUGUUCUACCAUUCUUAUUGGAUAAUCACGCUAAAACAACUCUUCGUCAGAUUUUACGUUGGUGGUGUAUAUGUGUAUCAUGGUUGCUUGGUUUACGUAGUUACUUGCUCGGUGAUAUUCCAUUUUCACCAGGGGAUUUUAUUGUUACUGAAAAUGGAACUGAAGUACCAUACAAACGACGUCGAGAUUCUCAUAAUCAAACAUCUAAUUUAAAUAGUCAUUCGGGAUUCAUGUCAGUAGAAUCGUCUCAACGGACAUUGACUAAUGAACCAGACGAUAUUUCGACAGAUUUGUAUGCUCCAAAUUUAUCAUCGCCAUCAUCAUCUUAUGGACAGAUUACUUCAACAAAUAAUCGAUUUCGUGAACAAUCCCAACCUGAAAAUAAUGAACAAGAUAACGUUAAUCAUGCAAACGCUGAUUAUGAUAAUGAUGAUGAUACAGAUUUUACUCGUUAUGUUCCAUAUAAACGAGGCAAUUUCUUCAAAUUACGAAUUACUGGCUUAAUUCUAAUCUUAAUUACUAGUUUGAUAUCUUUAAGUUUAACUGUACUAAUUGUACCAGUUGGUGUUGGACGUUUAUUAUUGUUGAAAUUAAGCGGAACUGGUUCUACAUCAAAGCAUGAUGCUAUCGCUUUAGUUGGUGGAUUCACUGUUCUGGGAAUAAUUCUCCGGCUAGCUCCUUGCAUACCACAUCUUUUAAAUGGGAUUUUUCGAAUUAUUAUGUUGAUUGGUCAAAGUGGUAGUUUAAUUAGCUGGUCUAAACCAUUACGUGUAUUUAGAAUUUGGACUCGUUUAGGUACAACAUGUGAAAUUACAAUACGACGACCAGCAUUACCAAUGGCUCCUAUGAUUGAUUUGAAUCGACAUUAUGGAUUUCAAUCUACCGUGGAUAUGAAUAUUGGGAUAUAUCUACAAAAUUAUCUACGAAUAUUAAUAAAUUGGUUACCUUUAGGAUUAUUAAUCAACUUCAUUUUCAUUGUACCCUUCCGUAUUGGACCCAAGAAAACCAUUAUUAUUGGGUUUUGGGAGCAUUGGAUAUUUGGUAUUAUGCAUUUAAAAGUGGUUAUCUUACUUACUCUUCUUGGACCGCCAUGGUGGUUACGAAAUCGUUUAGAAUUAUUUCAUGAUGAAAUGACACAUCAUCGACAAGAUGCUCGUUGUAUGCGUUUACUUUGGGCAAUCGCACCAUUGCUUGUAACUAUUGGAUUAUCAUUAAGUGUACCAUAUUUAUUAGCUUAUUAUAUUAGUCCAUUAAUCGCAUUAGAUAGCGAAGUUGCAUUUCGAUACAUAUAUCCAUUUCUUUUCGCCAUGUUCAUCUGUUCAGUGUUAUUGACUCUGUGUAUCGACCAAAUUCGACGUCUUUAUUUGCAUAUUAAAGAUGAAAAAUAUUUAGUUGGAAAACAACUGCUAAAUUUUCGACCAUCGCCAAGUCAAUCGUUAGUUCCAGCAUCAUCAUCGUGA